AUGACAGAGAACUGCAGCUCAAUCAUAUUGAGCAAUCUACCGACAAAGCUUAAGGAUCCUAGAAGUUUCACUAUCCCUUGUACUAUCGGUAACAUGCAAUCUGUUAAUUGCCUAUGCGAUUUAGGUGCUAGUAUUAUUUUGAUGCCCUUAUCCCUUUUUCGUAGUAUGUUUGGUGAUCAGCAGGUACAUGCUACUCCGAUGAUGGCGGAUCACUCUCGGAAGAAGACACAUGGUAUUGUAGAGGAUGUCUUAGUUAAGGUCAACAGAUUCAUAUCCCCUAUGGAUUUUGUUGUCCUUGACUAUGCAGAAGACAAAGAGUGCCUGAUGAUCUUAGGGCGACUAUUCAUGGACACAGGCAGAGCUCUUAUUGAUGUUCAUGAUGGCAAGCUAACUCUGAGGAUUAGGGAUGAGAGCGUUGAGUUUGACAUGAAGAGGAUCACAUGCCAUCCCAAUGUUGAAGAGGAAUGUAUACGGGUAGACGUAGUGGAUGAGUUAGUGCAAGAUGUAGAAGACAGAUUCAGGAAGUCCUGUGCGAACGCACAGAUGGUCUCUGCACUUGAAGAGGAAGAGUGUAUUGAGGAGCCAGUCCUCGAGCCAUUGAUAAAGAGAAACUACAUCACUCCUCUGUCAUCAGAAAAGCCAUCAAAAGUGGAACUCAAGCCUUUGCCUGCACAUAUGAUAUGCUUUCUUGGGAGCUGA